AUGCCUGGAACAGGGAUCGUACAGAUUGCCCUUAGCCCCAAUAACCACGAAGCCCACAUCUGUAAGAAGAACAGGAGCCAGCGGGUGAAGGCUCACAAACUCAAGGGGCACAAUGGACACAUCACAGGUAUUGACUGGGCUCCCAAGAGCGACCGCAUCGUCACUUGUGGGGCAGAUUGCAACACCUAUGUUUGGAGUCAGAAAGAUGGUAUCUGGAAGCCAACCCUGGUGAUCCUAAGAAUUAAUUGUGCAGCCACUUUUGUGAAGUGGUCCCUGCUAGAGAACAAAUUUGCAGUGGGAAGUGGAGCACGACUCAUUUCUGUUUGUUACUUCGAGUCUGAGAAUGACUGGUGGGUAAGCAAGCACAUUAAAAAGCCUAUUCGCUCCACAGUCCUCAGCUUGGAUUGGCACCCCAACAAUGUUUUGCUGGCAGCAGGAUCCUGUGACUUUAAAUGCAGAGUGUUUUCUGCCUACAUUAAAGAAGUGGAUGAAAAGCCAGCCAGUACGCCGUGGGGCAGCAAGAUGCCUUUUGGCCAGCUGAUGUCUGAGUUUGGUGGCAGUGGCACUGGUGUCUGGGUUCACGGGGUCAGCUUCUCAGCCAGUGGGAGCCGCCUCGCCUGGGUCAGCCACGACAGCACCGUGUCUGUUGCUGAUGCCUCAAAAAGUGUGCAGGUUUCAACUCUGAAAACGGAGUUCCUGCCACUUCUAAGUGUAUCGUUUAUCUCUGAGAACAGCGUCAUGGCUGUUGGCCACGACUGCUGCCCAAUGCUCUUUAACUACGAUGACCGCGGCUGCUUGACCUUCGUCUCCAAACUAGACCUUCCAAAACAGAGCAUCCAGCGCAACAUGUUGGCCAUGGAAUGCUUCUGCAACAUGGACAAGAGGGCCACAACUGAGGACCGCAAUACGGCCUUGGAGACACUGCACCAGAACAGCAUCACUCAAGUGUCUAUUUAUGAGGUGGACAAGCAAGACUGUUGCAAAUUUUGCACUACUGGCAUCGAUGGAGCCAUGACAAUUUGGGAUUUCAAGACUUUAGAGUCUUCUAUCCAGGGCCUUCGAAUAAUGUGAAGCUGAGUGAACCUCCAGGAUCUAGCAUGACAAACUGCGACUGACCGCAGCUCUGCUGUUUGCAUGAUGGGGAGGAAAGCCAGCCGCCAAGAAACACUGAGCACAUCGUGUGCAAAUAUCGUUUGUGUGUUUUUGUUUGAAUAUAAU